GAUUAUCUGUGUUUUGGGGAAUGGCGUUUUGUACUGUGUUGACUGCAAGAAGUCCACUAGGUCAAAGACUUGUUCAUGGAAACGUUAAUUAGGACGAGGGGGUGUCAAGUACAAGACCAAGAAGGUUUAUAUGAUUAUAACUUCACACGACCAAUGAGAACUUGUUUCGUAGUGUGGGUAAUUUGCAUACAUGAUGAAAUAAAUCAUAUCAUAUUCUCCUUUUGUCCUCAGGAUGGAGACUUCUCUAAUGCCAGCUCUCAAGAUGUUUGCUCUGCGUGCAUAUAUUCUUAUGUCUUGCAUAUCAUGUGCAUCUAUGAUCCCCAGUGUUUUUCAGCCAAACGUCUCAAUCACAGCAUCUAUGGGUGGUUCGGUCAUCCUGGAAUGCCACACAACCGCCGAUCCAGUUGUGGCCUGGUUUUGGCUGAAACAAAUCCCAGGACGAAAGUUGAACCCUAUAGUUUCCACAUAUUACAAGGAGAUAAAACUUCAAGGAGAAGUUCUCAAUGAAUCAAGACUUCAAUUCAAAGUUGAUGACAAGAAAUCUACAUUAAUAUUCAACAAGAUUAACUCCAGAGAUGCUGCCUAUUAUCACUGUGGUGUGCUACUGUAUGAGAAGCUGUACUUUGGAGGGGGAACUUAUCUGACAGUUGAUGAUGCAAAGCCGGUUAAAAUAAUUCAGCAUCCUGUUUUGGACUCACAUCAUGUAGGAGACUCAGUGACUCUUCAUUGUUCAAUAUUUGGUGAGAGUUGUUCGGGAGGGCAGAGUGUCUACUGGCUAAGAUACAAACCAAGAGAGUCCCAUUCAGGAAUCAUUUACGCUGAUGGAGAUAGAAAGGAUCAGUGUGAGACGAUCUCUGUGACUGGAUCAACUGUACAGAGCUGUGUGCACAAAGUCCCCAAAAGCCUCGCCAGUGAUGAAACGUACUUUUGCAGCGUGGUCACAUGUGGAAAGCUAAUCGUUGGAAAUGGAACUAAAUUGAUAGCUGAUGUUGUUCCCCAGAAAACAAUGGCUUAUAUCAUCACACUGCUUUCUGCUGUAUUAGUGAUAUCACUGAUAGUGAAUAUAAUCAUGGCGCUGUUAUGGAGAAGAUCUACACACAGAGGCUGCAGACAUAGACUCGGAAAAUUAUGCAUCGCUGCAGUUCUCUCCACACCAGCCUAUACGAAAAAUGAAAAGCCGUGA